AUGUCUGAUUUACAAUUACGUAUGUUGCAGGCCGUUGAAGCCAACAAUGGUAAAAUCGAAAACUCGGACGCGGUAUUCCAAGAUAUAGAGUCGCAAAUCUUGCAGGCUGCCCUUAACUCUCUUGUGGCCAAGUCCAUGAUCACUUUUUCCAUUAUCGAAAAGGAGUCGUGGAAGUUGACCAGUGAAGGUGAAGAGGUUGUUUCUGAGGGUUCUCACGAAUUCAGAUUAUUGGCCGAAGUGACCAAGCACUUGGAGGGGUUGGAUAUCAGUAAAGUCUCCAAAGUCUUGGGCCCAGCCGGUAAAUUAGGUCAGGGUAAGGCAUUCAAAAAUGGCUGGAUCAAAAAGGACGGCGAUGUCCUUUUAUCCAACGUCACUGACUUACCAGAGGACAGCGCUGCUGGUUUGUUGAAGAGCAUCAAGGAAAACGGCAUUUUGGACGAUAAAAAGGAGCUUGCCGAUUUGAAAAAGAGAAAGUUGAAGGGUGUCGAGUUUGCCUUGACCAUUGUCCAAGUUGAGACCGACAUCACCAGCGACAUGCUUGCCAAUGGUAAGUGGAAGACCGCCACCUUCAAGCCAUAUAACUUCAACUCCGAGGGUGUGGCUCCACAUUCCGGUGCCUUGCAUCCGUUGAAUAAGGUCAGAGAGGAGUUUAGACAGAUCCUCUUAUCCAUGGGUUUCACCGAAAUGCCAUCCAACCAGUAUGUCGAGACCGGAUUCUGGAACUUUGACACCCUUUACCUGCCACAACAGCAUCCAGCCAGAGAUUUACAGGACACUUUCUACUUGAAGGAUACAUUAACUUCCAAGAAGCCAGAAGACGAAACCUACUGGAACAACAUCAAGAAAGUCCACCAGGAGGGUGCUUUCGGGUCUAUCGGGUACAGAUACCCCUGGAAGGAGGAUGAAUCCUUGAGAAUGGUCUUGAGAACCCACACCACCGUCAUUUCCGCUGCCAUGUUGCACCAAUUGGCCAAGGACCCGAAGCCGGCCAGACUCUUCUCCAUUGACAGGGUCUUUAGAUACGAAGCAGUUGACGCCACUCACUUGGCCGAGUUCCACCACGUUGAAGGUGUACUUGCCGACUACAAUUUGACCUUGGGAGAUUUAAUCACUUUCAUGAAGUCUUUCUAUGGAAAGAUGGGUGUCAAGAAUUUGGCCUUCAAGCCAACGUACAACCAAUACACCGAGCCAUCGUUGGAAAUCUACUCGUGGCAUGAGGGGUUAGGCAGGCUAUUGGAAAUUGGUAACUCUGGUAUGUUCAGACCAGAAAUGUUGGAAAGUAUGGGCUUGCCAAAGGACUUGAGAGUUUUAGGCUGGGGAUUUUCGUUGGAAAGACCAACCAUGAUCAAGUACGGCUGUAACAACAUCAGAGAGUUAUUGGGCCACAGGGUCACCUUGGACUUUAUUGAGACUAAUCCGGCCGCCAGGUUGGAAGUUGACUAGAUGUGCCAUUUUCUGUAGAGAACUGUGGUUCCUGCUAUCUGGUGGACCUUUGAAGAAGCAUGUAGGAAGGAAAUGGAGAAAUGAGGAUCAACACCCAGAAAGUGAAAGUGCAGGUUGUGGAAUAGGUCUCGGACGGUCCAAAGUAUAAACUUAUGCGAUGAUAGACCUAUUGGUACGUUGUAUCGGUCAUACUCAG